GAAAGUGGCGCGCUUUCUAGGUUAACGUUCUCGUGGUGUUGGUGCGGUGCUCCAUUGACCACAUGUCUGAUUGAAUACAGAAUUCGUCUGGUUAGGCCUAUUAAAGCUGAUCGUCUGCUUAACUAAUCAAGAUAAUACUAAUCUGUCUUUUCCAUACGAUUCUUGCCUAACAGAUAACCACCUUUAUGGUACUUGGGUGGCACCGGGUUCCUAUGGUUUUUGUUCGGACUUGAGAUUCGGAUUGUGCCUUUUGUCAGUGUAUGUGAAUAAGUAAAUGGAUUUCAAUAUUGCGGAACUGUGUAACGUUUUCAACGCUCAACAAGGUAAAGACAACAACUGUCAAAAGCAUGUAUUGAAGUUAAUACAGUUCCUCAGUUCAGAAGAUGGUUGGCCAAUAUGCACUUCUGUUUUGUUAAAUUCUAAUUCGACCCUCCCAAAUGUAGAUGCACUCCCGGGGGACCAAAAAUCUGCCCUUUUUUUCCUAUGUUGCAGAGCACUUGAGGAGAAUUUAAAAUCUGAUUUACCCGUUCGACCAGAUGAAGCACAGCAAUUCGCUACGUUUGCCUGCCAGUGGUUGAGAUAUUUCAUUAAUCCUGUUGAUGGGAUCAGAAAACCUAAAUAUUUUGAAGCGAAAGCUGGUCAGUUAAUUACAUUGGCUAUUAUACGGUACUAUCCAAAUCAUUGGUCUUCCCUUUUUGACGAUCUUUUAGGAAUUCUAGUUGAAGCAACAGAUGGACAACUCAGUGAGAGAAACAAGUCUGAUGUAGUGGCUGUCGAUCUGUUCCUUGAUAUUCUUAUUGAUUUAGACAGCUAUAUCAUAUCAAGAAAUGUACAGUUAACCACCGAGGAACUCAGACGAAGUAAUGAACUCAAAGAUGCAAUGCGUGAAUCAUGUAUUGGCUCACUGAUUCAUACGUGUUAUCAAUUGAUAUAUCGAUUUCUUAAUUCAUGUCAAUCGAAUGCAUGUCUGAUUCGCAAAAUUCUUCAUACCAUUGGUUUAUAUGCAUCAUGGGUUGAUUUAACACUUGUGGCCAAUACAGAAUGGAUUACAUUAUUAAGCCGAUUAUUACAAUUAUCAAUUGAUAAUAAUUCAGCAAAUGCAAUCAUUCGUUGCGGGAUUUAUUUAUAUUUAAUAGGUUUUGUAAAUAAAGGUAUGCAAGUAAUUGACAAAUUAAGGUUGUUAACUGGUAUUUGGGAACAGUUAGGAUCUAUGUUAAUUAAUGAUCCAAAUAUAUCGAAUUUCAUGAUGAAUUCAGCUAACGACACUUGUGACAACUUAAAUGAAGAUCAAUUAGAAUCCUUAUCUACAUUUGCUACUUUGAUCGAUGCAAUGGGAAAUCAAUUAUUGUCUGUGUACAGGAACUUGUAUGAAGCAACUUGGAUAAAUAACAGUUCAAAUCAAGCUAAUAAUCAGUUUCGAUCCGAAUCAGAUGAUAAUUCAUUCUUACCCAUUGCAUUAGAAGCCCUGGAAGACCGAUUAAAUAUUGCUGUACGUUUAUUUGAACAUAAAGAGCAACAAAUCAGCCAAGUGGUUACACCAUUUCUUCGUUCUUAUCUGGGUCUAUUGAAAAGCGUUGUAAAUCAUCCGUCGGAAAAUCUUUUAUCACCAGGAGGUGGACGUCGUUCACGUAAUCGUAAUAGUUCAACUUCAUUGGAUUCUACAAAUCCUUUAUUGUUGAACAGUACUACAUCACCUGGUCAUCUGGAAAUAAAUGAAAUCAGAUCGUUUUUUGUUAAACGUCUUCUAUUUGCAUGUAUAGAUAAGAUGAAGUGUCUUCCGAUUCGUGAUAAUCAAGGAGAUGAUGAUGAGAGUGAAUAUGAAGAAUACCGACAUGAACUACGCACACUAUUCGGAAACAUUACACAGUUAGAUCAAAGAUUUGUAUUGGAUACUAUACAUCAAAUGGUUAGACAUUCCCAUCAUUUACUCAACUCAAAUGGUAUGGAAAAAUCUUCAUUUCCUCUGGAACAUGUGCAACAAAUUGAUGUAACUUUGAAUUUAUUCUAUUUGUUUGGAGAAAUUUGCAAAGCCAGUAAAAAUGAUCACUUCUGUCAAAGUUUUCCUCAACAUGAAACUAUGGUAUCAAUAAUGUCUAUACUGUGCAGUGAUUCCUUCUCUCGUUUACCACAUGAAACUCUUCAGUUACAGUAUUUCGAAAUAAUGGUUCGGUAUGAACGUUAUUUUUCGCUGGUACCUGAACACCUUUUGAAUGUGAUGCUCGCAUUUGUUGAUGAUCGAGGUUUGCAUAGUUCAUGGCAUAGUGUUAAAAUUCGCUGCGCUUAUUUAAUUAAUCGCAUUAUAAAGUCACACAAAAAAACUCUUCUUCCACAUACCGAAGAAUAUCUUUCACGUUUCUCCGACUUAUUAGAAUUGUCAUUAGAACCAGAUUCUAGUGUUGUAAAUGGUGAACUAAAUGGAAAUGUUGGUUUUGCCAAUGGAAAUACAUCGAAUUUUGGAAAAUCUGUUAAAACAGGCUUGGGUAUUACUGAACAAGGUUUCCUUUAUGAAGCAGCUGCGCAACUUAUCGCUGCAGGUGGUAUCCAACUGCCUAACUCAGAUAACAGUAAUAACAACGGAGAAGAUCGCGUCGGAGAAUUAUUUCGUGUUUUACUUACUCCUGUUAUGAUUCAGUAUGAUCAGUUUGUGACAAAGUAUGUUACUGAACAGAAUCCGAAAGUAGCUGAGGUUCGUGGAAUUUUAGUGAAACAAGUUACUGAUCUUAUUACAAAAACGACUCGAGUAUUUUCUCAACCAAAGUCUGUUAUGACCUCUGGAUGUGAAGCUGUGUUAAUUGAUGCAAUGCACCUCAUAAUUUCAGAAUUGUCGCGCUUCCCUACAGAAGCUGCUAGUCCCGGUCGACAAGCUGCAUGCGCCGGUGUUCGUGCAUUCUUGCAUCGAAUGGUUGCUUGUAUUGUACCAACAAAUGAAUCUAACUCGAUUGGAUGCAGAAGUACUUUGACAUCAGAUAUUUUAUUGGUUGCGCUUGUAGACGCUGUUCCCAAGUUGGUAAGACCGUUACAGUCUACAGUCGCUUGUUAUACUACUGCCAAUCAAGUGUUAGAUAUAGUCGACGCCGAACAACGUUGGAAAGAAAUCAGAGAUGUAAUCCCUCUUGUUACACAAGUAGUACUGAGAUAUAAGAACCAAAGUAUUCCAUUUUUAUCAACUUGUCUACCGCAUUUAAUGGAAGUUAUCAUUAAUGCGUUAAAUGAAUCAUUACCACCGAAUCAUCCAACAUUAAUUGAAGAAAAAAAAUUACUACGCCGCGGAUAUCUUCAAUUAGUUCAAACUAUAUAUCAAUCAGUUCCUGAUGUAUUUUCACAACUUAUUAGUGAAAAUAUUGUACAAAAUCUUUCUACAGUACUUGGACAAGUUCAAGCUUGCUUAGAGUCUGAUGAUCCAACUGGAUUACGUUCAGGCGUAAUAUUAUUUUUACAACUUAUACAAUCAGCUGCUCAUAAUUUACAAUUUUAUGAAGAUUUUUUGUUGCCACAUCUUGUCCCAUUUUUUAUACUUGGUCCGAUAUCUCCUGUCUUUCGUUUGACUGAUGGUCAGUUCAUAUUGGCUUUGGAUAAAAUUUCUGAAAGUCUUCAUGUUUUGUAUCAAAAACAAGAUGGAUUGUACACAUAUUUAAAAGAUUACUUUCUGCCACGACAACAAUUAUCUCCAGAAUUAGUUCAAUCUUACACAAGUGCAUUAAAAUCUAGUUUAAAAGAUUUUCAACUGUUUGUCAGAAGCUUCUAUGCACAUUUUCAUUGAUGCUUAGUGCUUAGUCAUUUGAAUUAAUUCUAAGCGAGAAAAACAAAGCAUCGUCCAGAUACUUUCGGUAUUGUAUAGAUUUGAAUUGCUGAUUUUUAUUCAUAUUGAAACGAUUUAGUGCUUAUGUUUCUUUUUGAGUUAGUUUGAUGUCAAUGUGUAGUCUAUAUAUAUUUAGGCUAAAUAUUUGAACUAUACAUGUAAAUCUUCCUAUGAAUCUGUUUGCAAACAAAGCGUGAUUUCUGUUUUUAUGACUUACAUUCCUGUGUAAUGAGUUAAAAAUAGGAGAUACAAUUUAGCAUCUAUGAUUUUCUUCUUUUCCAUUUAUUCCCUGCUCUCUUCUUAAGUUAACAGUGAUUAAUUAAUUGACUGUUUAAUUCUUACUGGUUAUACUACCCCCUUCAGAAAAAAAGUUGUUUCUGUUAAUUCUUUUUCUGUAACUUGUAAAUCUAUUUUGUACAUGGUGUUUUGUGUUCAUUCAAAAGGAAAAACUGACAGUAUACUAAUAUUAGUCAGUUUCAUUUUAAUUGUUAUUAUUCCACUUUGAAGUGGAGCAUUCACCGUGUGAAUCAGGCUUGAUAGUAAUGAUAAUCAAUUAGAUUGCAGAAUCCAACGCUACCAUACAUUUUCUAAAGCACGUAGGUUUCGUCACUACUGCGAGAUGAUAAAAUUAACAAGGUAAGUUGUAGAGAAAAUCUAGUGUUGUUAUGACGGGUACUGUCCGUAAUCUGAUACUGAUAAACGAUGUGCUAUGCGCUCAUCCCUCAUCUGACUUCUCGAGCGAGAAUACAAGAGUGGGCGAGAGAGCAUAUUGGGCUACUGAAUAAAAUGCACAAAUAAUCAUAUUUAUGAUUAAUUAACAAGUGUUGAUACUAUGUAUUCUGGUAAAAGUCCAUAUCAUCCGAGACUCGGUCACAACGACAAAACUUCAAAUGUUGGGCAUUUGAUGUUAGGUUUCGAACUGCUUGAUUGUAAUCUCAUAACCGGUUACAACGGUAAGUAAGACAAAGCACGUCAAAAUCACCGCUCAUUGUCACUAAAUCAGCAACUUAUUGUAAGCUAGCGGGAAUGGGUUGUGACCUUUAUAAUCAGUAAUCUUACGUAGUGUCAUUCUAUUCAUUGUACUACAUUGCUAGUAAACCCCAUGAUUGACUACCAUUAUUAUACUCUUUUUAAAACUUAAAUUUAAUAAUCACCGAUGUACCUUAAGUUGUACAUUGCGAUGUUCAUGUCAUCCAGUCCUAUCUGUCACAUUCGGUAGAGGUAUCCGAACUUUAAAGCUAUCUAUAAGUAAUGAGAUAGACGAUUCUGUCACUUAAGGUACAUCAUGUACACAAACUUAAAAACAUGAGGCGGGCUUAAAUUGUUAUUCGAGGAACGGCAUUCCAAGUGGUUAAGAUACCUGGUUUUAUUUAGCGUCUCUUAUAGGCCGUCCCCAAAUUAGAGGCUCACCAACCGGAGUGGUGGUGGUGGUGCAUUUCGACUAGUAACUAAUCUUGGUUUGCUGCUUGAGUACUGAACCUGCCAAAAUUACUUGGCUUUUGCCAAGAAACAUUGGUUUGUAUACAUACUGUAAUAAAAUAUGUUUUAUCAGUAUAAGGAGCCCACUAUCAAUUGUGCUAUGCGAUCGUACAGUCCACAUAUCGUUCUAAUAUACAUCGUGAACCGUAACAACUCCAGAUGCCAAACAGCUAUUAUUUUCAUUACAUGAAACGAAAUCAUCAGCUUCUCAGAUUGGGUUAUGAUGGGUGUCAUGCAACUUCCCACACUGAGUUUGCAACUACUACAUACUCAGGCUUUCAGGAGACUCAGAAACAAAGAAACAUGCAUACUAUCUUCGGUCUAUGUCACAACACUACUUCGCUCGAGACACCUUUUAUCAGUUUUUAACUCGUCUUUCGUCAACCGAGUUUCGAACACAGCUAUGAAGGAUGAAUCAAACACCCACUAAUACUUAGUUCAUGUGAUUCGUUCACUUGACUGGGGCAUUCGUGUUGUCAGGGAUGUCCAAUUCCAAGCACGACUGAUGAAGGAGGAAAUCGAUUGAGAUGAACUUGUUAAGUCGUUUAGAGCUCAUACGUUAUCAUUAAUUUUUUAAGAUAACCUGUCUAGUGAAAAAUUCUCAGUCAAUGAAAUCUAAUGAUACAAGUGAUAUUUAGUCGACUAGUUUACACAUAUUUUCAGUUGAUUUACCGGAGGUAUCAUCAAGGAGAUGGGAUUGUCGAACUGAUAUUUGAACUUGAGUUAACAAGCGAGGGAAGAGGAUGUCCCCUUUCCUAAAAAUCUAGCAGUCUCGUUCGCCGUAUUUUCGAGUUUCAAAGCAUUAUUGUGAUGGGAGGAUGCAUCGUGUGCAUAACCCUUUUGCAGAGAACAGCUUUUCAAAGCAUACCUUGUGAUCAUUCGCCUUAAACAAAUAAGUACUCGAUAACUCUUCAGAAGUUGCCAUCAUCUCUUACAGUUAUCAAAACCUGAUAUAACACGUGCUAACUAGUUAUAAUUUAAAACUUAAUUUCUCGAACAUUCGUCAUAACUUCUACGGUUCUUCAUAAUACUGACUUGGCAUGUUUCGAUUAUGUAAUGUGUUACU